UGACCCCGCCCCCUCAGUGCUGCUUGUCGUAUGACAGUGAGUGAAGUUUGUCGGGAGUCUACUGAACGGUGUCUGUUUGAGCCUUUAAAUCAGUGCGUUUCUGGCUUCAUUUCGUCCGUUCCCUCUGGAUUUUUCUCUAAUGAUGGACUAAGCAGCAAUCAUGGUGGUGAAUUCAGUGCACUGGUUUCGUAAAGGUCUGCGGCUGCAUGAUAAUCCGGUGCUGCAGGAGGCCCUGAACGGAGCGGACACGGUGCGCUGUGUUUAUAUCCUGGACCCGUGGUUCGCUGGCGCCGCUAACGUAGGAAUCAACCGAUGGAGGUUUCUGCUGGAGGCUCUACAGGACCUGGACAGCAGUCUGAAGAAGCUCAAUUCCAGACUGUUUGUAGUCCGAGGGCAGCCCACUGAUGUUUUCCCAAGGCUUUUUAAGGAAUGGAAAGUGACCAGGUUGACAUUUGAAUAUGACCCAGAGCCUUAUGGGAAGGAGAGGGAUGGGGCCAUCAUCAAGAUGGCCCAAGAGUUUGGAGUGGAGACCGUUGUCAGAAACGCACACACCCUCUACAACCUGGAUAGGAUAAUAGAGGCGAACAACAACAGUCCUCCUCUGACCUUUAAGCGGUUUCAGACCAUCGUGAGCAGACUGGAGUUGCCCAGGCGACCUCUGCCUCCCAUCACCCAGCAGCAGAUGGACAAAUGUCGCACUAGAAUAGCUGACAACCAUGACCAGCUCUACAGUAUACCUUCACUGGAAGAACUAGGUUUCAGGACAGCAGGUUUACCUCCAGCUGUGUGGCAGGGAGGAGAGUCAGAGGCCUUGGACAGACUCAACAAACAUCUGGACAAAAAGGUGUGGGUGGCCAACUUUGAGCACCCUCGUGUCAACACGUGCUCUCUGUACGCCAGUCCAACGGGCCUCAGCCCCUACCUGCGCUUUGGCUGUCUGUCCUGUCAGGUUUUGUACUACAACCUCAGAGAGCUCUACAUGAAGCUCCGUAAGCGUUGCAGUCCUCCUCUGUCCUUGUUUGGUCAGCUGUUAUGGAGGGAGUUCUUCUACACUGCUGCCACCAACAACCCAAACUUUGACCGCAUGGAGGGAAACCCCAUCUGUGUGCAGAUCCCAUGGGACCAGAACCCAGAGGCACUGGCCAAGUGGGCCGAGGGUCGGACGGGUUUCCCCUGGAUCGACGCCAUCAUGACCCAGCUGAGACAGGAGGGCUGGAUUCACCACUUGGCCCGGCAUGCCGUGGCCUGUUUUCUCACCAGGGGAGACCUGUGGAUCAGCUGGGAGAGCGGCAUGAAGGUGUUUGAGGAGUUGCUGCUGGAUGCAGACUGGAGUGUAAACGCUGGAAGCUGGAUGUGGCUGUCCUGCAGUGCUUUCUUCCAGCAGUUCUUCCACUGCUACUGUCCUGUUGGCUUUGGAAAGAGAACUGACCCGUCAGGAGACUACAUCAGGCGUUACAUCCCCAUCUUGAAGGACUAUCCAAACCGGUACAUCUAUGAGCCGUGGAACGCUCCAGAGUCGGUCCAGAAGGCAGCCAACUGUGUGGUGGGAGUGCAUUACCCCAAACCUAUGAUCAACCACGCAGAGGGCAGCAGGCUCAACAUUGAGAGAAUGAAACAAGUUUACCAGCAACUCUCCCAUUACAGAGGACUCAGUCUACUAGCAUCAGUACCAACGAUCCAAGAGGAAGCAGAGCCACCAAUGACCGAUGAGUCCCAGACCAGCAGUGGCCCUGACUCUCCUCCCAGAAGUCCUGCUGAGUGUGAAGCAGCUGGCUGCUCUACAGCUCCUGAUUCGUCCACAGUUUGUCCAUCCUCCACCUACGCCCCAUAUCCAGACCUGGAGGGGGCAGUGAACAGUCACCCAUCACAGACGCCCUGCGCCUCCUCAGGCACACACACACAGCCCUCUGCAGCCAUAACGUCUACAUCCACCAGCCAUCUUCUGUCUACAGCAACUCCUCCCUCCCCAGCCUCAACUUCAACCCAGAGCAGUCUGUCAAGGUCCAAACCCUCCUCCCCUUCCUCUUCAUGUCCCACCAUGUCCCCGUCCCACAGUCCGGCCAUGACCACGACUCAGCCCUCCUCUCUGGGGCAGAGGAGGAAAGGCCUCGCCCGUAAGGUGCGGCGCAGCCAUAGGCAGCCUGGGCAACACAGCGGCACUCCAGCAGCCAGGGAAGAAGAGAUCAGAGCAGCGGAGGAGAGGAAGGACGCGGGAGGGGAGGAGAGGAUGGAGGAGGACUUUGAGCAGGACGAGGAGAGAAUGGAGGAAGAGACAGCAGGACAUCAGCAUUGAUACAAGAUGGAGAUCAGAAUCUUCAAACAUCCAUCACAGACAACUGGACCCAUAAAGACAGACAAGGGAAAGGGUUGUGGAUAUGUGGGCAACA